GCACAGUUCAUAGCCUCCGAAAUGGAGUCGGUCGGAAAGCAAUUUCAAUACUUCAUAGAUCCGUAUGCUGCAGGAAGUAAAGCAUACGUGUGCGUGGUCGAUAUACCACCUCAUAUCGUUGAAUUUGUGAACAACUUCAUGGCUGCCAAAAAAAUUAGUGGUAGCAAUAUUCAUAAGAAUGCUACGGCAAAGGAUAUAUGUCAUUUCAUGAGUACUGCUCUCCGCCGAUAUCAUGCCACUCCAUUAUGGCCCAUGGACGCUGAGGUAUCUGCAGUCAGAUUGCCAACGGACUCUUCUAACAACACCUCGUCGUAUGCAGGGCCUACGGAUGAGGCUCCUUCGAGCUCUUUCAGCGAAACCACAUCAUAUGGCAGUGGACCCACUACGGACAGCAGGCAAUCUGCGAUAGACGCUGAAAAGAUACAAACUGAAUGCAUCGUCUGUGGAGAUCAAUUGGCUGCUCAAGGAUUCAGGAUAUCUUCUUCAUCGAGAAUUCAGAACGCGAUCUUCAUAACGGGCUUGAUAGCAUGUGGAUGUUCCAUGAAGUUGCCUGUAAAAGCUCUUUAUUACAGUUGCAAUUCAAGCAGGAAAAAUAUAUGCCAUCGUCACUAUGCUGAGGCAGCACAAUAUAUAGCUGCUGAAAUGAAGUCUGCUGGAAUGCCCUUACCAAAUUUUGAAGAUUUGCGAGGUUUGAAGAGUUGGGCGUAUAUGACCUCAUAUGGUAUACCGCCUCAUAUCGUAGGCUUCGUGAACGAUUUCCUGCGCGGUAUGCAGGCUGGCUGUAUUGCUACUGAAAGAGAUAUUUGUCAGUUCUUGAACAACAGUAUUCGGCGAUACCGCGCUACUCCAUUAUGGCCACAAGAUGAAGCUGACGUAAUUCAAGGUCAAAGUCUGGAGAAAACUCCAUUGCAGUUGUUGCAAAGAGUGGAUAAUAAGCGCCGACCUACAGAUUGUGAAGUAACUCCCUCAACGGGUCUACAGCAUCCGCCACGGAACAUUGAACCUCUUCCUGUCAAAAUUAUGAUGGGUAGACCCGUCUAUGCAAUACGUGUAUCGGGCAUGCCAGGGAGUAGGAAUGCAGGCAGAAGUGGUAACCAACAACGGAAGCAAGACAGCUUUUGUUAUGAUACAGACCAGAGCGUGCGCUUUUGUAGUGAGCCUCAGCUAACUGCGGUCAGUCUACUCAAAAGCUCCGAUAGCUAUAAUGAUCUGCAUGAGGACUCCAUGGGCGAGACAGCGUCAACUGCAAACGGAGUAUCGAGAAUGCCAGUGAAUAGGAGUGGAGGUACGUGCGGCGGCCAACAACGGAAACGAAGGAGCCUCUUUAGUGAUACAGACCAAAGCAUCCGCUCUGAAAAGGAGCUCCAGUUCAGUGCGGUCAGCCUACUCGAAAGCUCCAACAGCUAUGGCGACCGACAUAUGGACGCUAUGAGCGAGUCAAAGCCAACUACAAGCAAUAAGCCUUCGAGCUCCACCAUCGACAUUAGUUCGUAUGUGAACUCCAUUGGUGAGACAGAACCCUCUGCAACUGGUAAAUACUACCUUGUCAAAGGAGAAAUGCUGCUGAAUUUGUUCCGAUUCUGCCCGGAAUGUGGAAAUAGGUUAAAACAAAGUCGACUAAGUGCAGUAGGGAUGGCUGCCAUUGUACGGUAUGUCUGUCCGAAGUGUUCCCGACAAGCUCCUCCAAUUAAACAUUGGACAUGUCAACGCCAUUUCGUGACGCAUAAUAGAGAGAAGUCUUUCAAAGGAAACGUUGCAGCGUCGGUAGCAGCAAUCACUACGGGACUGCGAUACAUAGAGCUUCAACGAUGGGCUGAUUUAUUGAACUUGAGCUUCGUUCGUCAGGCCUUUUUUUGUAAAGUUUUCGUGUGGACAAAAAGAACCAUUGCUAAUGUUUAUCGUGCACAACAAGACCAUUUGUUGGAAAUAGUUCGACUCUUCUAUGAGAAGGAAGAGAGCCUUCAACUUGCAAUGCAUGCAAGGCGAAAAAGUCAUCGCAGUUCUGUACUAAAUAGCCAGGCAAUUAUCAGCGAUGCACUUACUAAGUUAGUCUUGCAUUCCCUACCGACCCACUCUUCGUUAAUAGGUAAAGAAGGUGACCCGAAGGACAUCGAGCGUUUCCUUCAGCGGUUAUCUGCAAAAGGAUUAUCCGUCUCAUCACUGACAACAAGCCUUUUUACUACAUUGGAUGCUCUUUCUAAUUUGAAACACACCGAAAAGGGUCAUGUUCGUCAUCAAAUCCACGUAAAUUACUUGAUCAAAUGGAUGGUUAGAAAGCUUCGACAGGCUGCUAGAGAGCUGGGUUGUGGUUCAAUUUGUCUGUGGAUAGAACACAUUAUAAGACAUCUGAAGGCUGCCGUUGAGAUGGGAAUCAAAACUGGUUUAGACGUUUCUCCUUUCUUCAACACGUGUUUGAUGCAUGUCAGAGGAGUGCAUGAGUGGCCCCAGGAAGAGAUCACUGGGAUGCACACGCGCUGUGCUCAUCCACCAUUGUCAAGCACACGAUCGGAACAGCAUGCUCUCAGAGGAUUCGCGUACCAGAAAUUUCGCGAUGUUAUUCUCGACCCAUCUUUUCAAAAAAUCUUAGCAACCGCUAGUCUGUGUAAUGGUGCCUCACUCAAUGAAGUGAAGAACAUCUUUGAUAGGGUCUAUCGUCGGAAGAAAAUCCCUUACUCCAACUCGAUUUAUGAUUUGUACACGACGAUGUCUAUACUGUACAUGAAUGAACGAAGACUGGCGAAAAUGAAGCUUGAAAUCGAAGCGAAACGUCGACGAAGGAGACGAAAUAGGUGCACGUCUGCGUUCCAGCCUUUUACAUAUACCAAAUGGACAGACCAAAUCUUGCAAACGGAUCUCAAAGCUCGUUUGAAAAUGUUGGAAAUGAAGUGGGACGAGCAGUCAUCACAGGAGGCAUUGGAGAUGGUGAAAGUGGAUGAUCGAUAUGAGAUAGACCUGUGA